GUUCAUCUGGAUCUGUGUAAUAAAACAAAUUUCCUCAAUUAUCGCUGUGGCAGUUACAAGUAAAAUCCUGUUUUUUUUUUUUGGACAUGAAGUAACAUGGCCAGAAGGCUUUGACACAGACAGGGCAAAGGAGAGAGGCCGUUACACUCGCCCAUACCGUUAAACCCAUGUUUGAUUAAUGGAGAUUUGCAUUUGGAUGAUGGAAGGUUGGGUUAACGUUAUGAGUAUUCCAGAAGGAGGAGGGGAGAACAGACAGAGAGAGACAGUUGGGAGGAUAUAAAAGGAUCAGAUCAGGCAACAGGUGCACAUUACAGGUGAUGUACGGCUCUACCCUCCUUCCAAGCCCUUAUUCAGCGGUCACAAUCUUUUCCACUUUUUCUAUUGUGAUACACUAACAGCUGUCUCACUCACUGGAACUGCACUAAGAUGUUGGCAACUCUUGAAAACAUUCAAUACUUCCAGGAUCUGGGCCCUAGAGAGCCGUCUUCAGGGAACCUGGACCUGGACAUGAUUGAGGAGUACCUGCAGGAGCACUCGGUGGAGGUGAUGUCAGCACCGCGUGUGCAGAGGAGAGAUCAAGAGGAGCACGGUAUGGCAGAGAACAGCUGGUCUGGACAUUAUACAUAUGAAUGGCAUUAUGGUGAAGUGCCAGGAACAGAUGAGACGCAUGAACCACAGCCUCAGCAGCAGCAGCAGCAGCAGACGUGGCUCUGUCAGUCCAGUCACAAUGAAUGGGGAUACUUCAAGUAUGUCAGAAACCAGUACAGUGAUUCAGAUUCACUGUCCACCAGUUCUGGUUGCCAAGAAUUUCCACCAUCUCCGACCUCUGACAUGAAGGGUCAAAUUGCGUAUGACUCCCUGGCUCUAGCACCGCUCUCAGGUAAAAGGAAAGAGCGGCUGUUUCAGUUCUUAUAUGAGAUGCUACAGACACCAGACAUGCGGAGCUGCAUUUGGUGGGUUCAGUCUAACAAUGGAAUAUUCCAGUUUUCAUCCCAGAACAAGGAAAAGCUGGCUGAGAUGUGGGGCAGACGCAAGGGUAACCGGAAAACCAUGACAUACCAGAAAAUGGCUCGCGCCCUACAAAACUAUUCACGAACAGGAGAGAUCUGCAAAGUGAAGCGUAAACUCACCUAUCAGUUCACUGAGAGAACACUGAAAGGCCUUCAGAACAACUCGCAAAGAUUCAUGGGUCGUUAAUGUGGUUCACCAACCAAGAAUUUCUCCUAACUGGGAAAGUGUAAACGAAUACUGAGUAUUUUA